GUUCACAUUGUUUGUGUGUGUAACACCAUGAUGGCAGCAACAAGCAGAACCAACACCAAAUCUCAGACUGUGAAAGCUUUUGUGAGUGUGAAGAAGGAAAGUGGUGCUGGACUUCUAACGAAUCUUGUCAGUGGUAUUGUUGGGAAAACACUUGUUUUGGAGCUAGUGAGCGAGGAGCUUGAUCCUAAAUCGAACUCAGAGAAAACGACAAGAAAAGCCGAUGCAAACAAGAUACAGGAAAAAGAGAAUGAGGUGCAGUACGAGGCUACAUUUCAAUUACCAGCAGGCUUCGGAAAUGUUGGUGCUGUUUUGGUUGAGAAUGAGUACCCCAAUGAAGUUUUUCUAAGAAAAAUUGUCCUUGAAGGCUUCCCCGAUGGGCAUGUGCACCUUACCUGUGAGUCUUGGGUCCAGCCCAAACAUGAUAGUCCCUUAAAGAGAGUCUUCUUCACUGAAAAGUCAUAUUUGCCAACACAAACACCAAGUGGAUUGAGAAGGUUGAGAGAAGAGGAGCUAGUGUUGCUAAGAGGGAAUGGAGAAGGAGUGCGCAAAAGUUCAGACAGAAUAUAUGACUAUGAUGUGUACAACGACCUUGGAGAUCCUAAUACUAAUAUUGACCUCAAAAGACCUAUUCUUGGUGGCUCCAAACAGUUUCCAUAUCCAAGACGGUGUCGUACCGGUCGAAAGCACUCUGAUGCAGAUCCAUUGUAUGAAACGAGAAGUUCAAGCUUCUAUGUUCCUCGUGAUGAGGCGUUUGCCAAGAUAAAGCAGACACAAUUCGACACAACCACAUUAUCCUCAGGAGUAAGGGCAGUUUUAGAAUCCUUUGAUGCAAUUCUCACAAACACAAAUCUUGGAUUUGAAAGCUUUGAAGACAUAGACACACUUUACAAAGAAGGGUUUCAUCUCCCUCCUCUUAAAGGCAAUGGGUUAAAUUUGCUUCAAAGAGUCGUCCCUCACUUGAUCAAAGCUGCCAAUGAUAGCCAAAACCUUUUGCGCUUUGAUACCCCUGAAGCAGUUCAAAGAGAUAAAUUCUUUUGGUUAUCAGAUGAGGAAUUUGCAAGGGAGACUUUGGCCGGUGUUAACCCAUAUGGCAUCCAAUUAGUCAAGGAAUGGCCUUUGAGAAGUAAAUUAGACCCCCAAAUCUAUGGUCCACAAGAAUCUGCCAUUACUGAUGAAGUCAUUGAGUCCCAAAUAAUUGGUUAUUCCACAGUUGAAGAGGCCAUUAAAGAGAAGAAAUUGUUUAUGCUAGACUACCAUGAUUUAUUCUUACCAUAUGUAAGUAAAGUGAGAAAGAUUGAGGGUACCACACUCUAUGGAUCACGAACAUUGUUCUUUCUCACCAAAGAAGGCACAUUGAAGCCACUAGCUAUUGAGCUCACUAGACCAGCCAUGGAUGGUAAGCCACAGUGGAAGCAAGUCUUCACACCUGCUCCUCAUUCCAUAGGUCUUUGGCUUUGGAGGCUUGCCAAGACUCAUGUUCUUGCCCAUGAUUCUGGCUAUCAUGAACUUAUAAGCCAUUGGUUAAGGACGCAUUGUGUUAUAGAACCCUUUGUCAUUGCAACAAAUAGGCAACUCAGUGCCAUGCACCCAAUCUACAGGUUAUUGAAUCCACAUCUGAGAUAUACUAUGGAGAUCAACGCCCUUGGCCGCGAAGUGCUUAUUAACGCAAAUGGGGUCAUUGAAACCUCAUUCUUUACCAGAAAAUACUCAAUGGAAUUAAGCUCUGUGGCAUAUGAUCAACUUUGGCAAUUUGAUUUGCAAUCACUUCCUAAUGAUCUUAUUCACAGAGGAAUGGCUGUUGAAGAUCCUAAUGCUCCUCAUGGCCUAAAGCUAACAAUUGAAGACUACCCUUUUGCCAAUGAUGGUCUCAUUGUAUGGGAUGCCAUUAAACAAUGGGUCACGGAUUAUGUCAACCAUUACUAUCCAAGCUUUGAUGUCAUAGAAUCUGACCAUGAGCUUCAAUCAUGGUGGACAGAAAUUCGAAUGGUCGGUCAUGGAGACAAAUUUGAAGAACUGUGGUGGCCGAAUCUUAAAACACCAGAAGACCUUAUUGACAUCGUCGCCACGGUAGCAUGGGUAGCCUCUGCUCAUCAUGCAGCUACAAACUUUGCCCAAUAUGCUUAUGGAGGCUAUUUCCCUAAUCGACCCACAAUUGCUAGAAACAAAAUGCCUACAGAAGACCCUACUAAGGAAGAGUGGGAGAAGUUUUUAAAUAAGCCUGAACAAACCCUUUUGGAGUGUUUCCCAUCACAGAUCCAAGCAACUUUAGUGAUGGUCAUCUUGAACUUGUUAUCAUAUCAUUCACCAGAUGAAGAGUACCUGGGGCAAUACAUGGAGCCAUCAUGGGCAGAGAAUCCAACUAUAAAGGAAUCAUUUGAAAGGUUUAGUGGGAGACUGAAGGAGAUUGAAGGUAUUAUAGACUCAAGGAAUGCAGAUAGCAAUUUGAAGAAUAGGCAUGGAGCUGGAGUGAUUCCUUAUGAGCUAAUGAAACCACUUUCAAGGCCUGGAGUCACUGGAAAAGGUGUUCCAUAUAGCAUAACCAUUUAAAGAUUGGUUACUUUGAUUAGAAUGUGUUGAUUAAUAAAUUCUUCCAAGGGUGAUAUGUUUAGCAAGGUCUUAUAUAUAAAGUUCAUAUUCAUAUAAAUUUUUUAUAUCCCACAUGUUUAUGAUCAUGUAUUAUAUUAAUUGCAUUGCUACAAGGGUAUUGUAUAAAUUUGUUUAUCGUUUAAC